UCAAAAACCGAAAAUCGAUUCGAACUUUGCUGGCACGGUUUACCACCGACGACUGGCUGGUUCUGCUCGCCGGCGGGGCUGUUUUGUAGGCGGCGUAGACUGCGAUAACGGCGGCCACAAUCACAAUCAUUGGACUGAAGCGGGGGCCAACCCCAACGGAGGGGGUCAAAGACAGCCAAAAUUUGGUUCAGGCUUCAAUUUUGGUUGCUUUUCCCCUACAGAUGCUGAGAUACAGAAAUGAGCGGAGGCUCCCCCUUCCAGAGAUAUAUUUUUGAACUCAGUGAAAGAGUGCCCCCAGGAGCAUGUUGGAUCUGCGGCUUCAUCAUGAUUUAAGGCUUCGUCUUUAUCAAAAGACUGAGAGUUCAGAUUCCACCCUGUGCCUUGGAUAACGUCAGAGAAGUAGCAGGCAGUAUUGAUUUGAAUUUAGUCUUAUCUAAAACUGGACGUAUUACGCUAGAGUUCUGAUAAGAUCACGUGUAAGCGAGACUAAAGCAAAGCAGGUCAGAUGGCAUCGCUAGGGAUGCUGUGGAUUCCAUCCUCAAGAGUAAUAACUACUCUAUUCUAUUAGAUCUAUGGCAUGGUUUAGAUCUUAAGCUUUUUCCGCAGCUGAGAAGUAUGCUAGGACUGUCCAGAGCAUUGAGUCAAGCUUGACUUUAGAUUCAUCCCCAAGAAUGGAUCUUUGGGCGGCACUAAGAGCACAUAGCUGUGCCUCCAAAAGCUCUCUUUAGAACCAAAUCUAAGAUCUGUGAGAUGCUGCUCUCUCGCUUUCUAUAAACGGGUCAAACUGGUAUCGGAUUCAUUGCGAUUUCAUUACGCAUUAGGAGCUUAACCCUCUAUUGCCCGACUGGGUAGUUAUCAGUGGGGAACCAGAUCAGAUAAAUAACUCAAUUUGAUUGUGUUUUAAUUACUUCUGUUUGCUCAUCCGAACAUAGUGGCAGUUGGAGUUAGCUUUGAGGGCUACGUUGAUGUAGAAACGUACCCAAAAUAGCCUCUUGCCACUCGACUUUUGUUUACGGCCAGGGAAAGCUAUGGAGAUAACUUAAUCUGAGUAAAUAGAAUACAAAUAUAUGAACUACAAGCUAUAUGUAUUUAAGCAGAGGAAUUCAAGAAUCUUAAGAGUUAUCCUAAGAGUUUAUCAGUAUCAGUAUUAGAUCAUACUCACUCCCAAUUUUUGUCCGCUAAGCAUGACUGGAAAUGGUGAUAAGAGGCAUUCCUCCACAGCUGCCAGGUAAUUUGGCAAAGUACUCGACAUUAGUGCAUUCUGCAGAUUAAGAUAAGGGUCAUCGAGGCAAACUACAAGUGUACAUAUUAUCGUAAAUCUCAAAUUAUCAAUUACAUUGUCAGACUAAGAUAAGCCAGCAGCUCAGGUCAGGCAUCAGGUCGGGCUACCCCAGUAACUGAUAAAGAAACCGCUUUCAUGGUGACUGGAAUCAGCAAGCUAACCAUGACUGUCAUGGAACUUUCGCAGAAACUCAUCGUGACUCUUUGAAAAGAAUGGGUUCAAUUGAAUAUAUUCUUGGUGCUUGCCUAUUGGCAUCUUCAGUUUUCAGAGUUCUCUUGGUUGGAUCUUACAUCUUCCUCAAAUGUCUUCUGAAGUGAUAAGUUCCUGAUUCCUGAUCCAAUUUACAGGACAUUCUCUGAACAACUUUUGAAGAUUUUGUAACUCGGAACUCGGUUGUUUUUUGUUUUUCCGGGCGAAAGCGUAUUAAAAGUCAAGUGUAUAAUCGUUCUCUCUUAAGAAGAUCACCGCUGGGGGUGAGUGUGGGAAUUAAGAGCGGCGAGCACCAACUGUGAGAUAAGAAAUCGGAGCAGCUGCGGCUUCUAGUCCAAUCAGUUGUGAAUCGCUCGCCGUCGACUGCACAAUGCUGGGCGUGGGCAUUCUUCUGUUCCUCACGGCUUUCGCCACCCUGCUGGUAUGGGAUUACUUUUGGCGUAAGCGACGCAAUGAUAUGCUUAACUAUAUGCCGGGUCCGCCGCCACUGCCACUCCUGGGCAAUGUCCUCAUGUACCGUGGUCUGGAUGCCGAGCAAAUUAUGGACUUUGUGAUCAAGAAUCAGCGCAAAUACGGACGGAUUUACAAAGUGUGGGUGAUCCACCAGCUGGCCGUGUUCUCCACCGAUCCGCGGGACAUCGAGGUAGUGCUAAGCAGCCAGCAGCACAUCACCAAGAACAAUCUGUAUAAGCUGCUUCACGAGUGGCUGGGCGAGGGCCUCCUGAUGAGCACGGGCAGGAAGUGGCAUGGCCGCAGGAAGAUUAUCACGCCCACGUUCCACUUCAAGAUCCUGGAGCAGUUUGUUGAGAUCUUUGACCAGCAGAGCGCCGUGAUGGUAAAGCAACUGCAGUCGCGGGCUGAUGGCAAGACCGCCAUUAACAUCUUUCCGGUGGUGUGUCUCACGGCUCUGGACAUCAUUGCAGAGACUGCCAUGGGAACGAAGAUCAAUGCCCAGAUGGAUCCCAAUCUGCCCUAUGUCAAGGCUGUCAAUGAAGUCACCAACAUAAUGAUCACUCGGUUCAUACACGCCUGGCAGCGAGUCAAUUGGAUAUUCCGGCUUACCAAGCCAUCGGAGGCGAAGCGCCAGGAUGCGGCCAUCAAGGUGAUGCACGACUUCACCGAGAACAUCAUCCGCCAAAGGCGUCAGGCUUUGGUUGAUUCGCCGGAGCAGGGAUUGACGGAGGGUCAGGCUCACGAUCAAGUAGACGAUUUGGGCCAGAAGCGUCGCAUGGCCCUUCUAGAUGUCCUGCUCCAGUCCACCAUAGACGGGGCCCCCCUGAGCGAUGAGGAUAUCCGCGAGGAAGUGGACACUUUCAUGUUCGAGGGUCACGACACUACCACAUCGGCCAUCUCCUUCUGCCUGUACGAGAUCUCGAGGCAUCCGGAGGUGCAACAGCGCCUGCAUCAGGAAAUCCGCGAGGUACUGGGCGAGGACCGAGAACGUCCGGUCACGCUGCGUGAUCUCGGCGAGCUGAAGUAUAUGGAGAAUGUGAUCAAGGAGUCACUGCGGCUACAUCCACCAGUGCCCAUGAUCGGUCGCUGGUUCGCCGAGGAUGUGGAAAUACGUGGCAAGCGGAUUCCGGCUGGCACCAACUUCACCUUGGGCCUCUUUGUCCUCCUGCGUGAUCCCGAGUAUUUCGAAUCACCGGAUGAGUUUCGGCCUGAAAGAUUCGAGGGUGAUGUGCCGCAGUCCCAUCCGUAUGCCUACAUACCCUUCUCCGCCGGUCCCAGGAACUGCAUUGGCCAGAAGUUUGCCCUGCUGGAGAUGAAGAGCACCAUUAGCAAGCUGCUUCGUUAUUAUGAGCUGUUACCCUUGGGCCCAGAGCCCAGGCACUCGAUGAACAUUGUCCUGCGCUCGGCCAAUGGCGUCCAUUUGGGCCUGAAGCCACGCUCAGCCUAAGUCGCAUAAUGUGCAUUACCUGUAUAUAUUUUAGAAUAUAAAUUUAUAUUUUGUUUCUUUA